GCUGGUGGCUUCGUAGUUGGACGAGCGCGCAUGAGUUCUGUGCGCUGAUGUAGUGACCUCACUUUUUGCACAGCUGUGUGAGAAACGGCGAACGCCAGAGCCCCUUUCGGGGGAGUUACCUCACGUUCCCGAGCAGCCAGCAUGUACUGCACGGUUUCUGGAACAUUGUAUGGACACCAAGAGAAAUCGUAUGAAAUCAGCAACAACAGUACAGAUUAAAAUGGACGAGUCGUCGCUUCUGGAUCUACUAGAAUGCUCUGUAUGUUUGGAACGACUGGACACAACCGCCAAAGUAUUGCCCUGCCAGCAUACCUUCUGCCGCCGUUGCCUCGAAAACAUCGUCUGUUCCCGCAACGAAUUACGGUGCCCCGAAUGUCGCAUAUUGGUAGAUUGUGGGGUAGAUGAUUUACCAGCGAAUAUACUCCUGGUACGGUUGUUGGACGGAAUUAAACAGCGCCCAAGGAAUGGGGGAAGACCAUCGCUUACCGGGAUAUCGCUCGGAUGUGCUGCCGGUAUCUCUGCGUCUCCUCCCGGAACAGCCAUCCGAGACUUGCCCAAUGCCACAAGAAGCUCUCCAGUGAAGAAUGUUCCUCAGCUGCCCUGUGGGAAGGCCCUGUACAGCUAUGAAGGGAAGGAGCCAGGUGACCUCAAAUUCAACAAAGGUGACAUCAUCAUCCUGCGCCGGAAGGUGGAUGAGAACUGGUACCACGGGGAGCUGAAUGGCAGCCACGGCUUCCUGCCGGCCAGCUACAUCCAGUGCAUCAAGCCCCUGUCCCAGACGCCCCCUCAGGGCAAGGCACUCUACGACUUUGAAGUCAAGGACAAGGACCAGGAUAAGGACUGCUUGACUUUCACAAAGGAUGAGAUUCUGACGGUGAUCCGAAGGGUGGACGACAACUGGGCGGAGGGCAUGUUGGGGGACAAAAUUGGCAUCUUUCCCAUUUUAUAUGUGGAGCUGAAUGAGACGGCAAAACAGCUGAUGGAGAUCGACAAGCCCACCACGGCGGUGCCAGGCCCAAGCUCCAGCAGCGCCGACCCGGGGCCCGCCCCAGCAGCCGGCCCUGGCCCCUGCACGAGCACAAGCACAAGCCCUCCCGGCACCACGGCCUCCACCAGUGACAACGGCUCCAGCAGCAGCAGCAGCAGUGCCAGCAGCAGUGCCAUCCAGCGCCGGGCCGAGGGCAAGAAGAACGCCAAGAAGCGGCACUCCUUCACGGCGCUGAGCAUGACCCAGCGCACCGCACAGGCCCUCAACAACAACCGGCACUCCAUGGAGAUCAGCGCCCCCGUGCUCAUCAGCUCGUCGGACCCGCGGGCCGCGGCACGCAUCGGGGACGCAUGCCCUCACCUCUCCUCCAGCGCCCCACCUCAGGACAACUUUGGGGGCUCGUCGUCGUCCAGCAGUGGCCUGGUGUUGUCCCCCCGCGUGGCCUCGGUGACGGGGGAGCUGCUAGCUGCAGCCAAGGUCCAGCUGCCUCUUAACAUAUAUCUGGCCUUGUAUGCCUACAAACCGCAGAAGGCAGACGAGCUGGAGCUGAGGAAGGGGGAGAUGUACCGCGUGAUGGAGAAGUGCCAGGACGGCUGGUUUAAAGGCACGUCACUCCGUAGUGGCGCAUCCGGUGUCUUCCCAGGCAACUACGUCACCCCCGUAUCCAGAGCUCCGUUUGCUGUGGGCCAGGCGCGGGUGUGUCUCCCCAGCCCGGCGGCUCAGCCCCAGGCCCAGGCAGCCAAGGUGGUGGCCGGCUCCUCGGGCUCGUGUUCGGCCGGCCCCUCCAGCCCCGUGCUCCUGGGGGGCUCCUCGUCCCGCUCCACGCCCCCGCUGGUCAACCCUUCCUCCUCUUCCUCCUCCUCCUCCUCGCCGCAGCUCCAGGCGGCCUCCGUGCACCUGAAGAACUGCCUGCGCAUGUCCGGCCCACAGUCGGUCGGCCAGGCUGCUCGCACCGCCAUGCAGCUGGUCCACAGUCCUCCUGCUGGAAGUCCGGAGCGUCCCACGGCUACCGUCUCGCCGCUGCGUCCCCAGGGCUCGCCGUCUCGCUCCCCUGGCCCCUCCUCCGGUCGGCCCCUGUCCAUGGUGUCCCCGCAGCACUCGCUCCAGGGCAGCCCGCUGUCCCCCGCCGCCCCUCAUCGCUCCCUCAUCUGCCUCACCUCCGCCGCCGCCGCCAUCACGCCCCCCAACAUGAGCGCGGCCCACCUGAACGGUAGCGAGCCCUCUUCGCCUGCCCACGGCCACGGCCACGUCCAGGGAGCCGUCGCCAGCCUGCCCAAACUGGAGGAGAAGAAAGCUGAAAAGAAAGAGAAGAAAGGAGGGGGUCUGCUCAAGUUGCUCUCAGGCGCGGCAGCCAAAAAGAAGUCCCGUUCGCCCCCCUCCGUGUCCCCCACGCACGAGGCCCACUCCUCCCCCGCGGCGGCCGCUUCCGAGGCCCUGCUGGCCGGUGCCAUGGGCUGUGCCCCCGACCUGCUCCCGGUGGGCAGCCACGGCCGCGCGGGCUCCUGCCCCAUCGAGAGCGAGAUGCACGGGGGCGGGGCCAUCGGCAUCGAGCCGCUGCACAGGAAGUCCGGAUCGCUAGACCUGAACUUCUCCGUCUCGCCGCCGACCCGCCAGCCCUGCUCCUCCCUCCUGGCCAUACGGCCCGAGCCCAAGCCCCUGUCUCGGGAGAGGUACAGAGUGGUGGUGCCCUACCCUCCCCAGAGCGAGGCCGAGAUCGAGCUGAAGGAGGGCGACAUCGUGUUUGUGCACAAGAAGCGGGAGGACGGCUGGUACAAAGGCACUCUGCAGCGCACGGGCCGCACCGGCCUCUUCCCUGGGAGCUUUGUGGAGAUCUUCUGAGAGUCUUCUGGAAGACCUUCAAGGGAAUCAGCAAAUCAGCAGCUUCACCCAGGGCUGGACUGGGACUGAAUGACAACUCCACUGUCUAUAUUGAUGAUGGAGCAAUGGGCCUCCCCCUCUAAUUUUGUGGGCCAAGCCCCAUGAAAAUAACAACAACAACA